GAGAAUAAAUCUUACGAACACCGAACAUAAUUCUCCUCUGCAGCAUUCGUUUCACGUGGGUUGAUAAUUGUGUUCUACAAUUUGCUUACCUUUCCAAAGAAAUGACAACGACGUUUUCCAAUCCAUCACAACUGUUACCACUAGAGUUGGUGGACAAAUGUAUUGGCUCAAGGAUACAUAUCAUUAUGAAGAACGACAAGGAGAUCGUCGGAAUCCUUCUUGGAUUUGAUGAUUACGUCAAUAUGGUGCUGGAAGAUGUUACAGAGUUUGAGAGCACCCCCGAGGGACGGAGGGUGACCAAACUAGACCAGAUAUUACUCAACGGUAAUAAUAUCACCAUGCUGGUGCCUGGUGGAGAGGGUCCGGAAAUGUAGUGACCAGUUUCAUUCUAUCAUUGACCAUUGUCCAUCAAAUCAUCUGUAUAUAUAGCCAUCACACCUGAAUGACAUCGUUGACCGCUAACAGCAGUUUACAGAAUUGUUCCCUCAUUCUCAGUGAAACAACACAUCGUCUGUGAGAGUUGUACCUAGUAUGAAUGACCACAAAUAGCCAUCAGAAUUGUUCCCUCAUUCUCAGUGAAACAACACGUCGUCUGUGAGAGAUGUACCUAGUAUGAAUGACCAACACUCCAUCAGAACUGUUUCUCCCUCAUUCUCAGUGUCUGAAUCUCAUUUCAAUCUGUUAAUUUAUCAUGGAGUGUUGAAUCACAUAUGAAUUGUAGUAUAUACAAUUUUAGAAACCAUUAUUGUUAAUAACUAUUCAAAAAUAUUAUAACAAGGAAUGCCUACAUCUCUUAGUCCUCUGUUUGCGAAUGCGAAUCCUGUUAAGUAAUUCCAAACAAUUAUGCACUAUCCUUUAAAAAAAGAUAAAUAAAAAAAAAAACUAAAUUCACAGUAGGAUGUAAACUCAUUUUUCGGUCACUAAAUUUACUCUUGUGUCCAUUAUGGAUUCCGUUGUAAGGACUAGAGAAUUACUCGUGUCCAUCAGAGAUUCUGUGGUAAGGACUAGAGAAUUACUCUGUGUCCAUCAGGGAUUCUGAGGUGAGGACUAGAGAAUUACUCUGUGUCCAUCAGAGAUUCUGUGGUGAGGACUAGAGAAUUACUCUGUGUCCAUCAGGGAUUCUGAGGUGAGGACUAGAGAAUUUCUCGUGUCCAUCAGGGAUUCUGUGGUGAGGAC